ACGGGACCCGGCGCGGGGAAGAACAGCAAUUGGCGCUGCUAGCAGGUGGCUGGUAUUUGAUUGGGAGGUCCUGAUUCAAAUGCAAGGCCCCGCCAAAUUCCAACCACCGUCCCUGACUCCCACCAUUAAUAGCUUCGAAACGAGAGAGAAUGAGAGAUCACGUCGAGCGUAGGGUUUGAUUCUUCUUUUCUCUGCUGGCCGAGGUUCUUCAAGCUUCCAAGUCGAAGGACCCUAGAUGGGAACUGCUGCUGAGAAUGUUAAUUGCGGCAUUGUUCAUCAUGAUAGGAUAAUCAAGGAGAAGUGUGGUAAGAUAGAGGAACUAACGAAAGAAUUCAUUAGCUUGGCACAUAUGAAGGCUCAAUUAGAAACUGAAGGUGGGGGGAAAAUAGAUGCCGUAGAGUUGAUAAGGUUAGUACGUCUUUUGUUUCCACUGUUAUGGCUGAGUCAAACAAGAUGAAAGCACCACAAAGCGUGUAUGUUCGAAGGAACAAGUCAAGACGACUUGCUUCUAGUUCUAGGUCUAGCCAUAUUAAAAAAUCUCCGUUUCAACCUUCAAGAUGGUUCAAUUUAAGAUCAAGACACGCACAGGAAAAAUCAGAUCAGACCCAAACAUUGACUCCGCCAUUGGAUGUUGAGGAUGUUCGAAGACACAUCACAUAUAGAUUAAAUCAAGAGGAGUCUGACAUGGUGGAAAGGUGGAGAUGUCAUUCAUUUGGUACGACCGAAGGAGAUAAUAUAAGAUUUGGUGACACUUCAAUGGAAGACUCUGGUUUGUUGGCCAUGGAUAUUCAAUGCCUUGUUUACAAAGGUCAUCGGAAUUUGCAUAAAUUAUGGCUCAACAAUAAUGUUGUUCAUUGUUAUGGAGAAAUACUGAUGAAAUGGGCUUGCUGCUAUCCUGAUAAGGACUACACUGAUUUUCUUAUCUCUCCUUAUGCUGGGGUUAUAGCUUUGGCAAGGUUGAACAAUAGAGAUGACCUCUGUUGGGUGAAAAAAUUGAUGAAGGGUCACCACAAUCGAUUAUUUUUUCCGUGUGUGAUAAACCACCAUUACAUAUUGGCUGUUGCUGAUUGUCUUAAGCGAAAAGUGGUUGUUUAUGAUUCCAUGAAUAGCGGGAGGCACAAAAAAGAUGUAGUGAAAGUGGGAAAUUGGCUGCGGUGGAUUUGUGCCACUGUACUUGGUUAUGAGGAUUCCCACUCAUGGGAUUUUAUUUAUCCAAAGGAUAUUCCCCAGCAAGUGAAUGGCCAUGAUUGCGGUGUGUUCGUACUGACAUAUAUGGCCUCCAUUAUUAUGUGUGGGGCAAUCGUACCUUUUUCUACGUAA